UAAAAGAGUUAAUCUGGCAGUGAUUCAUAACAGUGCGAAGAUGAGUUUGUGCGCGAUCUUAGCCGUUUUAACCGUUUUGGAAGCUAGUUUGGCCCUUCCAAAGGGACAAAAUCCACUUCCCGGGGAGCCUUUCUCCUAUUGGGUUGCAAAAACCGAUAGCUUACCAAGCGCGAGGAUCAUAGGUGGCCAGGAGGCCCUACCCCACGCCUACCCCUACCAAGUAGGCCUGUACUGUCACAGCAUCGGACUGACCAAUUUCUGCGGGGGUUCCUUGGUGUCGGCCAACUUUGUUUUAACCGCGGCACACUGCGUGAACGGGGUGGUGACCGUGGAUGUGGUCCUUGGAGCUCACGACAUCGGGGAGGUCGAAGAUACCCAAGUCAGGUCGACCAGUGACGAGUUCGUCAUCCACCCUGGUUGGGAUAAGCAGAAGCUCGUCAACGACAUCGCUCUGGUGAAACUUAAAGCACCCGUUCUUGAAACUUCGUAUAUAAAAGUUAUAAAAAUUGCGAAAGGCGCCGAUACUUUUGCGGGAAAGGAAGGGCUCACAAUUGGGUGGGGGAAGACGACGAACGACCAAUCAGGCGUCACGCCUCAACUGAGGUACGUGGUGAGCGACAUCUUGAGCAACGACAACUGCAAGAGCAUCGACCCCUACGGCACCGUCAUCCAACCCACCCAUCUCUGCGUUUCCGGCCUUUUAUAUAGUGACAGGGUGGGGGCUUGCAACGGGGACUUUGGGGGACCCCUCGUCGUUGACGGCGUACAAGUAGGGAUCAGUUCUUUUGGUUAUAAAGACUGUGGGGUUGGGAAACCCGACGUUUUCACAAGGUUGACGGAGUACUCGGACUGGAUCAGGGAAAAUUCUGACGUUGACGUCUGAUUUUUACUGUGACAAUAAAUUUUUUACGCAGA